AUGGCUGAGGAAGACGUUCAGGGGAACUUACUAAAUCUGGGGCAGCAGCUUAUCGUUCUUGAACCGGUUCAAAGACCAUUCUUGGUUGAUGAUCAUCAUCGAGCUAUCAGAGACUUUGCAGUCCCGGUUCUUGAUGGACUGAAUCCUGUGAUUGUUCAGCCAAACAUUGAGGCCCAAUACUUUGAACUUAAACUGGUCAUAUUUCAAAUGCUACAGACCGUGGGACAAUUCAGCGGUAUGGCGGCAGACGAUCCUCAUCUACAUUUAAGGUUAUUCAUGGAAGUUAGUGACAUAUUCAAGCUACCGGGAGUUCCUCUAGAAACUUUAAGGCUGACACUUUUCCCUUACUCUUUGAGGGAUCGUGCUAGAGCUUGGUUUAAUAGCCUACCUGCUGAUUCCAUUAUUACAUGGAAUGAUCUAGCUGAGAAGUUUCUUAUGAAGUAUUUCCUUCCGAUAAAGAACGCCAAGUUGAGAAAUGACAUUACCUCUUUUCAUCAAAGUGAUGGAGAGUCAGUUUAUGCGGCAUGGGAACGUUUUAAGGAGCUAUUCAGGAAGUGCCCAUUACAUGGUAUUCAAAUGGAGACUUUUUACAAUGGUCUCAAUGAACAAACUAGAGUGAUGGUUGAUGCCGCAGCUAAUGGUGCUCUUUUGGCAAAAUCUUACAAUGAGGGCUAUGAGAUUCUGGAGAGGAUGGCUACAAAUCAUUAUCAAUGGCCAACCAAGAGACUACCCACAAGGAAAACACCGGGAGUUCUUGAAGUGGAUGCAAUUACCGCUCUUUCAGCUCAAGUGUCGAAUCUGACCAACAUGAUCAUAACCAUGAACACUUCAACUGGAGGGCACCUAUUUGAGGGAUGUCCUUUGAAUCCCGCUUCGGCUUGUUAUGUGAGUAACUACAACCAGAACAAUGCUUACAGCCAUCAAUACAACCAAGGAUGGAGACAACAUCCCAAUUUCUCUUGGAGUAAUCAAGGGGCAGGUUCUAGUGGUGCUCCCCCUUCUAAUAGACCAGCUCAGCCAUCGGGUUUACCACAACCAGCUCAACCAAUGAGGAUUCAAGCGGGUGAAAAUUCAAAUUCCUUGGAGAAUUUACUUAAGGAGUACAUAAUGAAGAACGAGGCUAAAAUGCAGAGCCAAGAUGCAACCUUGAGAAGCUUGGAAACUCAAAUUGGGCAACUUGCAAAUGCUUUGACUAAUCGCCCCCAGGGCACUCUUCCAAGCAAUACGGAAAAUCCUAGGCAGGAAGGCAAGGAGCAUUGCAAAGCCAUUUUAUUGAGAAGUGGAAAAGCAUUGGAGCAACCACAGGAGUAA